GAACGAAGGCUCCAUCGCCAUAAAACAGAGGAGGAAGGUAAAGAGUUAACCAGAAUUUGGACAUGGCGAGUACUGUCGAUGCCGUAGGAGAGCCGAUCCCCACUUCAUCCGUACUUAUGUUGGCUUCCAAGCACAUAGCAACAAAAUGCAGAAUGGAGAACAUGGCGUUCAUCAAUUGCAAAAAGAAAGAUGCCAACCCGGAGAAAUGCCUAGAUAAGGGCCAGGAGGUUACUCGUUGCGUUCUAAGCCUGUUAAAGGAUCUUCAUCAAAGUUGUACAAAAGAGAUGGAUGCUUAUGCUGGUUGCAUGUAUUACCACACCAAUGAGUUUGAAUUAUGCCGCAAGGAACAAGAAGAAUUUGAGAAAGCCUGCCCAUGGAAUUAGUAGUGGUGUAUCCACACAAUGUUUGAAUAAUUGGGGACAGAGUAUUAAAAACAAACAUGUUGAUGUUCUUUUUCUAUUAAAAACUGCUAUUUUUGCAGAUGAAAUGCUUUUCUUCAUAGAGUUCUGGUUCUUCUUGGGACAUGGUUAGCAGCCAGUGGUCAGCAUUAUGAUUGUACUUAUGUUGUAGCCACUGUUGUAGGAAUUGAUAAUUUCCAAAUUUUGUUUUGGAAGAUUUAUUUGCAUCAA